AUGGUGACAGCGGGCGGCAGUAGUGGAUUGUUGCAGGGUUGGUUUGAGGAAUUGCUGAAGGAUAAGGAUGCGGCAGAUAUCACUAGUAUUGGAGAUGAUUUGAGGAAAAAUUUGGAGGAAACAUGGAAGGAAUUAAGCGAGUGGCUCGUGAGGCAGGAGUCUACGGAAAUAGGGAAUUUCUGUGCUGAUACCGUGAAGUAUCCGGGGCAUGCAUGGAAGGAGCAGUAUAUGCAAGUGUUAUGUAACGCCAUAGCCGAAAUAAAAUAUUUCAUGAGUGGAGUGGAAACCCGGCGGACGCAUGAGGGCUCAACGUCGGAUAAACCAGCAGCAGUUACAGAGCUCACUCCUGCUCAAGCUUAUGCACGCUGUGUUGUCGGCGCCGUCGCGUUUUCCACAAUAUACGGUGAUCAUUGCCACAUGGGGGAGGCCAUAAAGAAGGUCGAGGGGGAAUUUGAGGAUAAGAUAAGGGGGCAUCUGAAGGCUAAGGAUGGAAAACCGGACCGUUCGAAACAGUUGGAUGUGUGUAAGGAAAUUAACACUACCGACUUAAUAGUCGGUAAAGCACUUCUAAGCAGUACAAUCAAACAAUGGACGAAGCAGAAGAGGGAUGCGGGGGGGCCGAAGACGGGAGAUUGGAAGUUGGGGAGGCAAUGGCAUAGGUGGAAAAAUGUCUGUCCGCAGGGGAAACCGCACGAUGUAGCAAAGAACAGAGCACGGGAGGAAAAUAAGAACAUUCUAACCUCUUUUGUUAAAAUAGGUCCCCAGGACACCACUACUCCCAGUUCCACUCCUGGUCAACCGUCGGUAUCGGACGUAUUAGUAAAUGACGCCUACACGAUGUCGCCUGACACAUUGCGGGAAGCACUUUCUGCAGCAAUACAGAGUGCCAGUAAUGGUGGUGCUGGUACUGGCACUAUUGACUCCGCUGCUUUAACGAAGGCAAUAAUGGACAACGUAGAGAAGGAAUCUAAGGAAAAUAUAGCUAAAGUAUGCAUGGAAGACAGCAGCAACAGGACAUUUUGCCAACGCUUGGAAUGUGCAAAACAACAUUGGAAAUUAACUAGCACGCAAGCGCAGGGAGAUUUCUGGGAGGGUCACGUUAAGGGGAAGCUGGAAAAACUCCUCCCUGAUACGCCUACUACUACUAAUGAUGGCACUAAUGAUCAUUGUAACAACGGUGGCUUUGAUAAUGCAAAUAAAGCAGCUUGCAAACACAUUACAGAAUUUUUGAAUAAGAUGAACACAACUCAAAAUUCAAAUGGCCCUAACGAACUGUCUAAUCAAAUUAUAAAUUGUCUUUUAUUAAGUGGUUACGUUAAAAAAUUAAAAGAGGAAGCAAAAGAGAAAGGGUUUUGCAGCAUAGAUGAAGGAAUAAAGAAGGCUUUCACAACUGCUGGUAAUAGUGGUAGUGUUCCAUGCCAAUGGAAUGACGACGACUAUGAAAAAUGCUCCAUUACCACAAAUGGCACCGGCCCAACGGAGGCAGUAAAGAACAAAGUGGAUGAAUUGCUCAAGAAGAACGACCAAACUAAGGACCCCAAAAUACAAGAAACCUUGAUUGACUUCAAUAAAGAAAAUAAGUUAUGUGAAUGGGUAAAUUGUGCAGCAAAGCGGUCGGAAGAGAACAACAGUACGAGUGGACACGGGACUGGACAGGAAAAAUUCUGGACGGAAGAUGUUAAGAAAUUAUGGCAAGAAUUAGCAGGGGAAAUGACAGAGAAGGGCAAAACAGAGAACGAAGAAUGUAAUACAAUGGAUGGCAAGAGACAAGGCACUCAUUCUGAGAAGACGGCAUGCAAAUUUUUGCAUGCCGGUCUAAAACAACUGUACGAUCCGACGACGACGGCGUCAACUGGAAACGAUGGUAUCCUAUCUACGAAAUACCCAUCGUCUAGACAAGCGGUGGGUUGUUUUUUACUUCAUGCUUAUGCAAAACACAUGAAAGACAAAGCUGUUUGUGAUAUUGAUGGGGGCAUAAGCAGAGCUUUCAGUUUGUGGCAGGACCCCAGUUCUAAGGCACCUGCUACUUGCAAGGAUAAUGGCAAAACUUGCAUUCCGUGCAAAUGGGCAGAUAAUGCCCAACUGGGCGAAUGCAAAAUUAACACAAAUGGCCCAAAUGGCCCAAAUGGCAGCACAACACAAACGGAAGUAAAGAAGAAAUUGGAGAAAGUGGUAAAGGACAACGACGACAAGGACAUAAAGGACAUGGCAAAGGAAGUGAAUAAAAUGGAUUUAUGUCAACGUGUCCAAUGUGUAACGGCCCGAUGGAACAAACAUGAUAAGAAUAAAAAAAAUGGGGUCCCUCGUACUUGGGAUAAAGUGUGGAAGGCAAUCCCAGAUGAAGUAACCACCUUCGGCACUGCUCUCGCCACCGCCAUAACUACGGAGAACGGACAAUUUCAACAAUACUGCAACCAUCUCCAUGAUAAAACUGGAAGAGACGCCUGUCUCUUCAUAGCAGCAGGAUUACAGAACCUCUACAACACUGCUGAUAAUGGCGAUGCCGUUACGGCAUCGUUCCACAGAACGAUGAAAUGUGUUCUACUGAAUGCCAUAGCAGAUAAAAUGAAGGAAAAACUUCCAUGUAAAGAGGAAAGGAGUGUAACGGACGGUAUAAAUGAGGCUUUUAAUAAGAGUGCUACUAUUAAGGAGGAAAGUACCGGUUGCAAGACUAAUGAUAAGUGCUUUGAGUGUGUUAGGUAUAACAAUCUCUCAAGUUGCGACAUUGGCGAGAGUAAACCAUGUACUGGGGAAGGGAAGAAGGAUUUCUGUCAAGAACUUAAUUGCGUAGUAGAUAAAUGGGGAGAAAGGAAGAAUGGAAGCUCAAGCGGAACGACUACCUGGAGUAUGAUGGAGGAAGACUUCAAGGCGCAGUUAACGAAUUUACUUACCCAUAUGCAGGAGAAGAAAAAACAAGAUCCUGACGGAAAAUACUGCACCGUCUGGAGCGAUAGCGACGCCCACGGCGUCGCUAACAAAAAAGCCUGCCAGCUUGUUGUAGCAGGGCUGCAACAUAUAUCAAAAAUUCAGGAUGAAUAUACGAAGGACGGGGAGGAUAAGAAUGAGAACCCCUAUGAUAACCAAGAGUUUAAACAGGUCGUUUCUUGUUUAAUGUUAAAGGCAGUUGCACAAAAAAUGAAAGAACAAAGUCCUAUUUGUUACAUAGAACCCGGCAUAAGCAAGGCAUUCGAGUUUGCAGACGCCAUUAGAGAGGAACAUUGCCAGAAUGAUAAACCUUGCAUUGUUUGCAAAUGGGACGACAAGACUAAGGACGAACUUGACAAAUGCACCAUUGGCAAGGACAAUGACAAAGUAGAGCCCAAAUUGAAUGACUUGCUCCAAACGAAUGGGACCACUGUCAAUAAUACCCUCGGGGACUUACUUAAAACAGACCAACCCGAGGGGGUAACCCUCUGUAGUCAUCUCCAAUGUUUAGCAUCUCGCGUUCAAGCACUCACUACGUCUAACGGACAAGGACAAGCAGGAACCACCAAUGCGCAAUCAUUUUGGGAGAAGAAUGGCGAAGUAGAAGAACUAUGGAAACAAUUGGCACAAGAAAUGAUCAGAACUGGUACAAACGAGAACACGGAGUGUAAUCAAAUGGAUGAUAAUGGCAAAACUAGAACACCCACCACCCCUGAAAAGAAGGCAUGCAAUUAUUUGCAUGCCGGUCUAAAAGCACUGUACAACAAUAGUCCGACGGCGUCCACGGCGCCGGCGGCGCCGGCGCCGUCGCCAGGCAAGGAGAAAAUCCUGGAUAAGAACCCACUGUUAAGACAAACAGUGGGUUGUUUAUUACUUCAUUCUUAUGCAAAACAUAUGAAAGAAAAAUCGACUUGUGUUGUAGAUUCUGGUAUAGAGAAGGCAUUUAAGGCAUUUAAUGAUAAUAAUAAUGCUAAUUGCAAUGGUGGUUCCAAUGGCAAGGGACAAUGUGUCCCUUGCCAAUGGAAUGAAACCGACUAUGACAACUGCACAAUUACCACAUCCGACGAAACCACACAGACGCCAGUAAAGGACAAAUUAAAAACAGUACUUCCAGACGAUGACCCAACUCUAACUAACACCAUAAAGAAAAUAAAUGAAAUGAAUAAUUUAUGCGAUUACAUUAGAUGCGCCGGACCCAAGUGGUUCAAAAACAAAAAAGAGAUUAAUGCUAGCCCUACGCAUACUUGGUGUGACUUCUGGGAGCAAGACAUCAAGACAACACUGACGAAGAUGUUCCAACACAUGGCCACAGACGGACAGAACAAACCAACGUCAAUCAUUAUUUCCUCAACAUGCCAAGGCUUUGGUGAUGGUAAUCCUGAUAGUGUUGAAAGAAAAGCAUGUAAUCAUAUCACGGCGGGACUGAAAUAUAUAAAAAAAGAAAUAAAUAAUGGUCAUGACCAACUGCUCCAACAAGCAGUUGCUUGCAUUGCUCUUAACAUGUACGCUGAUCAAAUAAAACAAAAAUCUCAAGAGAAAUGUCCCAUUGAUGAAUCUAAAAUAGAAAAAAUGUUUUAUGUUUGGAAUGGAAUUAAUUCUCCAUGUAACGUGGUUAAUAAUAAUGGUUGUUUUAAAUGUGAGAGGGUACCAAGCAAAGACUUUAAUGGUUGCAAACUAAGUGUUGACAGCAAUUUGGUGGAUAAAACAACAAAUGGAAAUUGCAAUACUAACGCAACUGAUGUGAAGAUUAAAAUGGAAGGUCUCCUCGAAGACAAAUCCAACACCAACUCCAUUAAAUCCAACAUAACGACCACCUUAUCUUUUAUCACCGAAAUGGCCUCUUCUUUCUGUACUCAACUCCAAUGCGCAAUAAAAAAAAAACUGAAAAGCAACAAUGGAAAAACACUUCCAAAUGUAACACCACCAUCUUGGAGCGACAUAAACAAAGACGCCGAAGGCGUCUUAACGAAACUUCUAGAACAAAUGAUGCAGUCUAAAAAUCAGGUUGAAGUUAACCAAUACUGCAAAGACAACGAAGAUGAAUGGAAUAAAAUUGGCCAUAAGGAAGGCAAAACAAAUAAAGCAGCUUGUUUGCUUUUUGCUUCAGGAUUGCAACACAUUUAUACCCAUGGUAAUGACCAAAAGAAGGGCCCAUCGUUUGGACAAACGAUGGGUUGUUUAUUUCUUAAAGAAUAUGCAAAACAAUUAAAAGAUUUGGCAAAUAAGAAGAAACAAGGAAAUAGUUGGGUACAUCCUCUUUGUGACAUAGAUUCGGGCAUAAACUACGCUUUUGAAAAAAGUAAUGCCAUUAUGAAUGACACACCUCCAUGCAAUAAUGGUCCUAAUUCUUGUUUUGAAUGCAAAUGGGAAAAUAACGAUUAUGAUAAAUGCAACAUUGGCACUGACAAUGUAAAGACCAACGUGAAACCAUUACUCCAAUCGAAAGAAACCCAUAUGCAAGAAACAUUAGAGAAUACAGUUUGUCCCAUCCUUCUUACGGAUCUCCUUACCCCUUUUCUUCCUUUGGCUCCUGUCUCUAUUGGUCUUUCUGCUAUGGCUUAUUACCUUUGGAAGUAUUUUGGUCCUCUUGGUAAAGGAGGAACACGUUUUAGAAGAUCUCCUGCUGAUAUUCCUGGUCCAUCAGUACAGGAACAGCUCCUCGAUCAUGUGCAGCAAGAUAGUUCACAUGAAUAUCAAUUGGUGAAGGAACGAAAACCUCGUUCUGCUCCAACGAGAACAAAACGUUCUGGUCCCGUGAAUCGCCGCACGAUUAUUGAAAUUCAUUUUGAAGUGUUGGACGAAUGCCAAAAAGGGGACACACAAUUGAACCAGAAGGAUUUUCUGGAACUUUUGGUUCAAGAGUUCAUGGGAUCGGAAUUUAUGGAAGAAGAACAGGUUCCUAAGGAAGACGUUCUUAUGGAACCUGUUCCUAUGGAACUUGUUCCUAUUGAAGGGGUUCCAAGUUUAGGUUCCGGGCUUAUGGUUUAA